AUGCGCUUCCUGUCUCUGCUCGGAGCUGCUGCUGCGACGUGGCUAGCUGGCGCAAAUGCUCAAGACACAUCUGACCUUCGCACACAUUCUCUGGUCCAGCCCUACCUCGACUCGGACCUCCAGAGCAGAUGGUGGGACUUUGGCGGCGACACCAUCAUCCGCGCCGACAAGCACAUUCGUCUUAGCUCCGACCGCCCCUCGCAAUCCGGCUGGAUCUAUUCGAGAGUCCCCUUGACUGCUACCAACUGGGAGAUCGAGGUCGAGUUCGACAUCAAUGGCCAGGGCAACCUCUUUGGUGACGGCUUUGCCAUGUGGGUGACCACCGACAGAGCCCAGCAGGGUCCUGUCUUUGGUAACAAGGACAUGUUCGAGGGUCUGGGUAUAUUUUUCGACACAUACAAGAACAACAGACCUGGUGUUGUUUUCCCUUAUGUCAUGGCUAUGCUUGGCGACGGAAAGACUGUCUACGACCAGGCCCACGACGGCAAGGCCAACGAACUCGCUGGCUGUUCGGUAUGUUUUACUCUUUGUCUGUUUAUCUCUGGCUACUUGCUAACAUUCUAUAGGNCACGUGGACUCCGUAAUGCGAACAUCCCCACCAAGGCCCGCGUCACCUACUUCCAGGAGAAGUCGCUCAAGGUCGAGUUGAUGUACAAGAAGGAAGACGAGUGGACCCCCUGCUUCGACGUCCCCGGCAUCAAGCUUCCUGGUGUCACCUACCUCGGUUUCUCUGCCGAGACUGGCGAGCUUUCCGACAACCACGACAUCAUCAAGGUCGAGACCAAGAACCUGUACAGCCCAAGCGGCGCAGCUGGCACCCCCAAGGAUUACAGCAAGAGCGCCUACAAGCCGAAUCAGUAUGCGAAGAAGGAGGGUGGUGGCUGGGGUUGGUUCUUCUUGAAGUUUGUCCUGUUCGGUCUGGCCUUGACAGGAGCCUAUGUUGGAUUCACCGUCUACCGCUCAAACAGAAGACGAGACAGAUUUUGA